AAUGAAGCGAUACGUAGCCGUGUAAAGUGGCCAUCAAACUUGGAACAUAUUCAUAACAAUUCACGGUGUGGUGGGCGACAGUUGUAUUCUCGCAACAUGGCACCAGAAACAGCAAACCAAAAGCGAAAACGAGGCCGUCCUUCAAACGCGUUACGCGACGAUGGCGACGCGUCCGGAUCACAAACCAGACUUACGAGACGAGGUCAACUAGCUACAGCACCCGAAAGUACUAGAGAAACAGAUGCGGAGGAAUCUUCACGUCCCCGAAAACGAGGGCGCCAAGCGAACACCGACACCGCACCCCAAACACAACCAGAACCCGAGACAUCACAGCCAAAGAGAACUAAGAAAAAACGCGGCAAAUCUCCAGCGGUAGAAGCCGAUCAUAACGGAGACGAGGGGAAUGAAGAAGCCAAUACUGUACCUCCGGAACGUAAAAGACGUGGUCGACCCCGAGUCUCGCAGGAUAACGAAGAAAACGAAGCAGAACAGGAUAAUUCAAAUGAUACAAACGAAAACGCAGGUCCAAAGAAGCGCGGCCGGCCACCCAAAGCAUCUGGCGACGCCGAGCAAGAACCCGAAGCGAACGAAGCCGAUGAUGAGAAUGAGGAGAACUCGAGCUUCCUACGACGUAGUGGUCGAAUUCGCCGGUCUCCUAACUCAUUGAAUAAGGGUACACAAGAGGCAGCUGAGCCAGCUGAAGGAGAUACGUCUAAGAAACGAAAACCAAAAGAGCGCAAGAGAAGAGGUCGACCAUCGCUAGAAGAGCAAGCUGCAGAGGAACCAGAAGAACCGGCGCCCCAGCCCCAGAAGAAACGAGGCCGGCCCUCCCUUACCGAUCAACAACCAGCAGAAGAGGCCAACCCCGAACCUAAAGGUCGACGAAGGCAACGCAAUCGCCCAAGAUCAUCCGGUGAACCUGCUGCUUCACCUACAAGAGAAAACGACCAGGAAAACUCAAUACAAGAAGAAACCCAACCCCGAAGAGGCAGACCCCGCCGCUCCAACGACUCCCAACCUAACCAAAGAACCCACAGACGAUCCUCCGGCACCCACUCCCGCUCCUCAUCCACAUCCGCCUCUCCCCCACGCUACCGACAUCUCACAACCCGUACACGCCGCGUCCCUCGCAAUGUAAUCGAGUCAAAAUGGACACCCCUCGGACCCCCCGCCCUAUCCAGCGUAACCACACUCCUCCAAUCCGCCUCCCGGCCCGUACUCCUACGUCUCAGCACCGCAAACCCAUCCGCCAACCUCCGGUCCAGUCGAACAAGCACCAAGACCCAACAGCGCCACGCGCAAGCCGCGGCUGCGUUGAACGCAGUAGGAAAUCGUCUGCGCAACAAAAUCGCUAAAGGCCUUCCUUUCCCGCCUGCCACUACGUCCGCGAAACGUGAAGAUGAGUUCGAGUUCGAGCGUGCGGUCGCUGGUGUACAAGCUCUAGAAUCGCAGUUAGAUCCACUGUUACAUGGUGUCGAGUUAUUACGCCGUGAAAAGGAACGCGCGGAGCGCGAACUCGAGCGCGAGUAUAAGGUACUCGCGCGACUGGGUGCGAAUGCGCAUGCGGAGGCUAGACAGAGAAGGGAUAGGGUUAGACGGAUGCAUGUCCUUGUGCCGGAGAAGAAGACAUCCGACGAUCACCACGAUGAAAAUACCAGAGAAGUUAUAACGACAGAGGAAGGUAGUGGAAAAGUAUUCGCUGAUAUUAAAGAUGAGGAAUUGAAUAGUCUGGCGGGACAGAUUGCGAAUCAUAUGGAGAGCAUGAAAGGGAAUCUACAGCAGAUCGAUGGCGUGGUGCCGGCGAUUGCGAGGAGUCAGGGCUUACUUAGGGCGGCGCUGCAGGGGCGCUUGGAUCGUGAGCAGUUGGAGAAUGUUAUUCUUGGUUGACUGCUAUGAUGGUCGUAUAUGACCUCGUGAUGAAAUAGGGGCACGACUGGGCAUUGGGAAGAAUGAAUUGGACGUUCGCGCGGCAUCUGGUAGAUUUUGGUAGUCUUCAUACCCAUAAGCAUUGA